CACUCUGCGUUAGUCUCGUGCUGAAGUUGAACAGAAGUACUCCCAGGAGGUGAUAGUGUGUUUGUAAAGUGACAAGUGAUUCUAAGUGUUCCAACAUGAGGCAGCACCUGCAGACGCUGCCAGUCCUAGUGGGAAUCACGGUGCUCCUGCUGGUGUCUCCAGGCCUGGCUCGGCGCGUGCGCGUAAGACCAGUAAAUGAUGACGUAGAAGAUCAGGAAGUGCGGGGUCAACGUGUACAGUACUACGCAGCCCAGGCACCUGCAGACGAUUCACAGACCGCUGGGGUUGUUCUGGUAUCAAGCCAAGAUGCUUACGGGGGCCUUCAGUACUCUCGACCACGGGCACAAACAACUGUUGACGAACAACAGUAUCGAACAGUUGGCAGAGCUCUGUCUGCUACCCGCCCAGUUGCAAGGCCCAAGGAAGCUUCAAAACAGCCUCCUGUACAAACUAUCCGUAAUUACAGCAAGUACAAUGAUGAUGGCUCCUUUACGUUUGGAUACGAAGCAGCUGAUGGCAGCUUCAAGGAGGAAGUGCGAGGUACAGACUGCGUUGUGAGGGGCAAGUAUGGAUACGUAGACCCUGAUGGCAACAAGAGGGAGUUCACGUAUGUGUCCGGCAACCCGUGCGACCCGAACAGUGUCAGUGAGGAAGAGGACGAGCAUGCCAAAGGACUGGCUGAAGACAGUGGAGAAGAAAACAUUCCAAAAGGACCGUUGAGACCACUGAGGCCAAGACCUACUGUUGCACCCCACACGAGGACAACAACGACACUUUUCCAAGAAAACUACAACCAGGCUGAUGAAGAUGAUCUAGACGAUGACCGACAACAGGUGUACCAUUCGGCGUCCCCCGUGAGAGGGCGCGUUGUUCCACUACCCACUCAGAGACCACAAGUGUACCAGUACGUCCAGGAUGAACAAGAUUCCGUAACACAACGCCCAGCAGUCAGAAUCACGCCACGUCCUCUCACAGUGGCCACAACUGUCAAGUCACAACUGCCUGCAACCACUUACCGGCCUCAGCUCCUGCCUAUAUCCGUCACCCCUCGACCUGGUGUCGUAUAUACCAAACAAGUUACCAGCGUUGGGCAUCCAACCCAGUCCUCCCUUUAUGCUACUCCCACGACUACGGCUCCUGUUGAUUUUGAUGCCGAACUGAGGAAAUUCCAGCUGCAGAACAACGUAGUGACGACACCACGAACUGUAGCGCGUCCCGCUGUGGCUCUACAGUCACAGUAUCAACAGCCUAGGCCAAUCACACGACCACAGACAGUAUCUCAAUCGUCUGCCAAACCUCUGUCCUCGGAUCCCGUGUAUCAGACGGAACUGGUGUACGAUCCAUCCAGCGGUCAAUACAACACAGUCUUGUACCAGACACUGCCUCAAACAACAGCUGAGGUGAGCCUUAAGCAUAGGCUACAGCCGUUUGUGAACACACAGCAGUCCCAGUCAUUGUUCACACCUCAGAUCUACGAACAGAUACAGCAGAACCAACAGCUGUAUUCUAGACAGCAGCAACAGCAACAGCGUGUGGUAGAACAGCGGUACGAGCAGCCAGCCACCAAGACCACCGGUCCUCAGAGGUUCCAGCUCUACCAACCACAACAAUCUGCUCAGCGUCCUGUACAGCCGUUCUACUAUGUAGCGCCCUCUGACGUCGGUGGGCAAGCCCAGGGACAAAUCGACGCUUUCCUCAGGGGACACAAUAUUGCGUUCUGAAUAUAUCCCUGAAACAAAUGGGACCAGUGAGGCGUCCCAGUACUCGUGCAUUUGAAGUGACAUAAAUAUUGUACUUUGUCGGACUGCGUCAACAGCUCAGAGGUUCUUCCCCUUCUGACAAAGUCCAAAGUCAUUGAUGUGAGUAGAGCAGUGGUUCCCAAACUGUAAUUAGCAAGCCCUAAGGCGUACGCAAAAAUAUGAAAGGAGACAACUGGAAAAAUGCCAAAUAUCGGAAUUCUUUUGUGCCAAUUUUUUAAGACAAAUAAAAAAAUAAAUCAUUAAUUUUAAUAUGGAGGUUCUGUUUGUUUCUUCGAAGAAACAUUAUAAAAAUCUCUCUUCUUUGCAUAGCUACACUACCUUUCUCUUCAGAGAGGUAAUGAAUUCUGAAACACUCUAUAAAUAUUUAGCUUUAUGGUGUGUUUCAUAUCAGGUUGAUGUUUGGAAGUUAAUAAAAUAAAAUCCAGGGAAGGAAUUUCCCCAAAUUAUAUAAUUUGAUAAGAUUUUUUUUUCGGGUUUGUUAGGGAGGAAUUCGGGAAUUGGUAAAGUUUGGGAACCACUGAUGUAGAGGUAAAACGAUUAUUUCUGACACAUAUUAUUCACAACCAAAAAAAUAAUUACAGCAACUGCUCGAAAAAAGUAUUCAACGCGAAAAUAUUUGAGAUACUUUUUUCGUGUAUUUCAUAAUACUUUAUAUUCCAAGAACGAAUGCCUACCAAUGAGAGUAACCAAAUUUACUUAGGAGCAAAUUGUGCCAUUUAUAUGAGAUACGGCCCUCCAUAAGAGGGGCCAAAGUCUCCCAGUGUAUGGUACUAUUACGUGCGCUACAGCAGUGACAGGGCUCGAAAAUGAGCAAAUUUCUCUCCACACAUAUAAGUGUAAUGAUGUAUAUUAUGGGAGAAUUAGGUGUAGAAGAUGAGGAAUAGGAGAGCAGGUAACUGAGUAAACUAACGACGGAAAACCCAUGAAAGGAUAAAGCCAAGAACAUGAAGUUUCUCUUCAUAACAUGUAACAUGUUUUAUUCAUCGACCGAUAAGAAGUCAUGACACUCAAAAUAUUCUCAUAACGUCCUGUAUAAGACUUGACACCACUUUCCAGUUUAUGCCUGAGCUAUUCUGUCUGCACAUCGCUGCAAAUGUUGACCAACUUCAGAUGCUAAUGCUCAUAUAUGUUACUCGUAGCAGUCUAAUAUUUUCCAUAACCUUCUGCCACCAGAGCCUAAAAUACUUUUGUAAAAUAUAAAUUUAUCUCUAUACAGUUAUGCAAUUAAUUUGGAUUAUUAUUUAAUGACGUACUUAACACAGAUUAUUAAGAUUAAAUAUACUCUUCUGGUCUUUCUUAUUCUCACUCUUUUUUUCUAUCUUAUUUCUCAUUCUUAGUCCAUAGGCGUGGAGCAUUCCAGCCUUUUAUUCUCAAAUUAUUUACUUUCACAACUUCAUAUGUUGCUUGUGACAAAUGUCAUUUUAAUAUUGUAGUUAUGUGUAUAGGAUAUUGGUGGGAAAUCCAGAAUGAAAGAGACCACUGGGAAGA